AUAAAUAUAUGGGAUUCAUCAUUUAAUUAUUAAAAUUUAAUUAUGAUAAUCAGUUUAAAUUGUCCUGGAUAUCACAAGAUUUUAAUGAUGUUAGAUAUUCAAUUUUAAAAAUUUUAUAAUAUAAAUUAAAAUAGAGAGAUAGUACUGAUUUAAUCACUUAGAAACUAUUAGUAAAAUUAACCCAACUGCUUCCGUUGACUAAACUAUAGGCGGCAGGCACGGCUUCACCAAAAUCAACAUUUUGUAUGAAAAAGAAAAGAAAAAGAGAGUUAGAGGAAAAACGAUGAUUAACACGGAAAAUGGGUACAAAUAGCAAAUAAUGUGAAAGUUCACGGAGGGCACCACUGCAAAAUCCAUUAUUUCAAUUUUCAGGAGAGAUUCCCUGGUGGGUCAGUCACGGGCUCAUCGAGCAGCAGCCACUCAGAUCUCGCUCUCCAUCAUUUCUCACGCGAAGAAGGAAAAAGAAAUGGCAUUCCUGCUCAAUAAUUCCACAAUUUCUUCGCAUUUUCGAGCUCAUUCUCAAAAGAAUCAGGACGCGCUUUCUCUUUCUCGCCGUGGAUUCCACGUCGAACCUGGGCCUCGCGAGAAAGCUCUCUUGGCAGCAGACCCAGCUCUUAAGCGAUUCAAGUCACAUAAGAAGAGUGUGCAGAGACUCAAAAGAGUUGGAGAUGUUCUCACAAUUGUGGUUGUAGCAGGCUGUUGCUAUGAAAUUUAUGUCAAAGCAGUAAUGCGGGAGGAGGCUCGAAAAAAAGCGGGGGAAAGUGCAUGAAUAUUCAAUCCGGUGUUCCAUUUUAUUGCUGAUGACAACAUUAGACCCUCAAUAAAUUUUAUCUCCGUGUUAAAUAAGCAGAACAGCCAGUUUUGUUUUAAUCAAAUGCUUGCUCGCAUAAGUUGCUGCUUUCAUGUUUUCUAAUAGAAUUUAAUCUUGACUAAAAUUUAUGUUUGAUAAAUAUUAUGACAUAAUGUAUGCAUAUAUACAGAAGAUUACAGCAGGUA